AUGUCACAAGAGAAAGGAGGCCCGCCGGUGUCAACCGGCGAGCAAGCGAAUCUGGCGGUUGAUACACAACAAACCCGAGACCGAGCUCGUACGGACGCCGAAGUGCCGGAUGCGCUACCAUCGCCGCCUGGCAUAGCCGCGCUGCAAGAUGACAGGAGGACGCAGAGCGCGCCCGACGCAAUCAACGCUGCCACCGCGGUGCACAGCUCGCCUACCUCGCCGCUGGCAUCGCAGCCGGCGCUCGGGCAUCCCCGGACGAGCCUGAAUAUGCAGAGAGCAACAAAUACCAAGCCUCGCAACGUACGCGCUAGCGAGGAGUUCGACCGCCGGUACGAUGGACCGUUCGGCCGGCCGAGCCUGGUCAUGGCCCGGAGACGCUCAUCCCAACAGCCCGGCCUUCCCGAAGAGGAUGCCACCGAGAACGCUGUACAGCUCACGACGGUCGAGCCCAUGCCCGGCGGCGGCGAGCAGUUGCACGUCCAAUUGUACGAGCCGGAGCCGCCCAAGCUGAACUAUACCCUGCGCACACGCAAGAUGGCCAUCUUCAUCUUCUGGUUCGUCGUCGUCUUCGACUCGACCGUCAUGCCGAUCGGGCUCUACUUCGGUCUGUGGUAUGGUGUAGGACCAGGAAACCCGGCCAACGAGAAGCUGAGUGCCAACACCGUCUUCAGUAUUGUCACGGCCGCGUUGGGUGGUGUGAGUAUCCUGGAGUAUUUCGUCCGGUUUUGGAGGCUGUGGAAGAAGGAUAGUACUUGUCGGGUCAUCGGCGCCCGAAGAUGGUAUCUCGAUUGGUUCCAUUGGAUGUUCACCCUGGCGUGGCUUAUUGUCAUGGUAGAGCUAAUUGUAGGCUCCGUUCCAGAAGACCCCUACAUCCGCCUACUUGCCAUGCCAUUGGCAACAAUGCUUUUCGUGUUCGGCACACUACUGCUCACCAUUGACGGCUGUCGAUACUUCCACGUCACCGCGCCCUGCCGGAUCUCCUCCAUCCCCAAGGGAGCGCAGCUGCGGCCCGGCAUCUACUCCUUGAUCGAAGACGUGUGCGCCGUGGACGGCUCCGGCGGGACCGACUUCCGCGUUGCCUUCGACCGGCGCUACGAGGCCAGCCACGUCUUCCGCUCCAUGCUGCGCCGCCUGGGCAUCUUCUGGGCGUUCGGCGCGCAGGGCUGCGCCAUCCUGAACACGGCGCUCAUCUUCGGUCUGAACAACGCCGACGCCGCCUACACCAUCGGCUGGAGCGUCCCGUUUAUCUGGGCCGGCAUCUGGACCCUGGCUACCUUCUGGUACGCCAAGCGGGAGCUGAAGAAGGAGAAGAAGCUGUGGGCUGCCGAAGCGGCCAAGAACCGGGCUUAG